AUGGCCAGUGGUAUGCCAAAUCUUUGGUACAACCAAGCUCCAGGAGGUAGUUCUAGCAGCAACAACAGUAAAAACCUCCUUGCCAUGCUCCAACAAACAUUGCAACAGUCUCUCCCUCUUCAACGCCCUCAGCAGCAACCUCUUUCACAAACUUUAGGAGAUCAACAAAUCCCCUCCUCCACGACCUCUCAAGUAGCUCCCUCUUCCACCUCUGGUCAACAAAGGGUCACCCAACAGCAUCAGAGGAGUCCAUCGUCCUAG